CUCCUCCCUCGUGGUGAAAGAGAUUCUCCAGGAGGCUCCCGAGCUCAUCACCGAGCAGCUGGCUCAUCUCCUCAGAGGUAGCAUCCUUUUCAAGUACAUGACCAUGGAAUCCGAGAAGAUCUCAGAGAAGCAGGAGGAAAUUCUUUCUAUCCUGGAAGAAAAAUUUCCUAGCUUACCUCCAAGAGAGGACAUUAUCAACGUGCUCCAGGAGAGCCAGUUUGGUGCCCAGGGUUUAAAUAUUGAACAGACAAUGUUGCAGGAUCUAAAGGAACUGUCAGAUGGAGAAAUAAAAGUGGCCAUUAGUACCGUGAACAUGACCCUGGAGAACCUCAUGUUUCACAGCAGUAUCACCAGUGAUUUGAAAGCAUUUACAGACAAGUUUGGUUUUGACGUCCUCAUCCUCUUGGCCAGCUACCUGUCGGAGGAGCAGCAGCCAAGGCGACAGAUUGCUGUGUACUCCGAGAACCUGGAGCUGUGCAGUCAGAUUUGCUGUGAACUGGAAGAGUGCCGGAGUCCUUGCCUGGAGCUGGAGCCCUUUGAAUGUGGCUGCGAUGAGAUCCUGGUAUACCAGCAGGAGAACCCGUCAGUGACCUGUGACCAAGUGGUUCUCCUUGUCAAGGAAGUCAUCAAUAGGAGGUGCCCAGAGAUGAUCUCCAACAGCCGGACGUCCUCCACAGAGGCCGUGGCCGGCAGUGCCCCACUCUCCCAGGGGUCGUCCGGGAUUAUGGAGUUGUACGGCUCUGACAUAGAGCCGCAGCCCAACUCCGUGAAUUUCAUAGAAAAUCCUCCAGACCUCAACGAUUCUAACCAGGCCCAGGUGGAUGGCAACACAGACCUUGUUAGCCCAGAUAGUGGGUUGGCCACCAUUCGGAGCAGCCGUUCAUCCAAGGAGAGCUCGGUUUUCCUCAGUGAUGACAGUCCAGUGGGAGAGGGUGCUGGGUCUCACCACAGUCUCCUCCCAGGAUUUGACUCCUAUAGUCCCAUCCCUGAAGGGGCCGUAGUGGAGGAGCAUGCACUGUCCAGAGAACAUGGGGAACACUUUGACCUCUUUAACUUUGACCCAGCACCCAUGGUUUCCGGACAGUCCCAACCAUCUUCCCAUUCUGCUGACUACUCCCCAGCAGAUGACUUCUUCCCCAACAGCGAUUCCUCAGAAGGACAGCUCCCCAUGGGGCCUAAAGGACUCAAUGAGAUUGGGAUGAACAUGUCUAAUUAUUCAUCCAGUUCACUUUUGUCAGAGGCUGGCAAAGAUAACCUUGUGGAAUUUGAUGAGGAGUUUGUCCACAGACAAGAAAGUCCUGUAGAUAACUCUACAAGAAAUUUGAGCCUGACAGGUUUCAUGGGAGAUGAAUCUCUUUCUCCAGAAAGGCUGGAAACUAUUAGAAAGAGGGUCCCACCAACACCUAUGAAUAGCUUUGUAGAAAGCUCACCAUCCACUGAAGAACCAGGUCUAUGCUAUUCAGAAGACAUGACCCAAAAAACAGUCGACACAGAUCACACCGGGCCCCCUCCGACUCGUGCGCGGUGCAGCAGCUGGUGGGGUGGUUUGGAAAUUGACUCUAAAACUGCUGCAGACGCGUGGAGUUCCAGUGAACAGGAGUCUGUCUUCCAGAGCCCCGAAUCCUGGAGAGAUCGUAAGCCAAGCCCAGUGGAUAGGAGAGCCUCAGAUUCUAUAUUUCAACCAAAGAGUCUUGAAUUCUCCAGGUUGGGUCCCUGGGAGUCAGAAUUUGGUCAGCCUGGGCUGGGCAACAAUACUAUUCAAGACCAAAAUGAGGACAGCUUGCAGUUUCAGCACCCACCCGCUGAGAAGUCGCAUUUGCCGAAUGCUUCUCCGCAGGGGACAAACCAUCUGAUAGAAGACUUUGCGGCCCUGUGGCAUUCUGAUCGCUCUCCGGCAGCCAUGCCUGAGCCGUGGGGAAACCCUGUGGAUGACAGUGAGCCAGCGGCUGCAGCACCAUUCCCGGCCUGGGGUGCAUUUGGUAAAGAAGAUGACACCGAGGCUUUGAAAAAUACCUGGAAUCUGCACCCAACGAGUGGCGAGACACCUUCUGUGAGGGACCCAAAGGAGUGGGCCAUGGCAAAAAGUGGAUUUUCUUUCCCUGCAGAAGACCUGGUGGACAGUUCGCCCAGCGAGGCGAGUAACAAAGCAGCACCAGAAAUCUGGGGCAAGGAGAACCAUGAUUCCAGGGCUAACGUCCCUGUACCUGGAAAUCCCAGGUCUGACCUGAAUCACACAUGGAACAGUUCUAAGCCAGCAAAGGACGAUCAGGACGGUGGUGUAGAUCUGAAAAUUCGGGGGAAAGUCUAUGAAAAGGUAGAUUCCUGGAACCUUUUUGAGGAGAGUAUCAAGAAAGGAGGGUCAGACGUUCUGGCUCCGUGGGAAGAUUCCUUCUUAUCCUAUAAAUGUUCCGAUUACAGCGCAUCCAACGUAGGGGAUGAUUCGGUGCCUUCCCCCUUGGAUACCAACUACUCCACCUCUGAUUCUUAUACAUCACCCACAUUUGCUGGAGACGAAAAAGAAACCGAAAACAAGCCAUUUACUACAGAGGGAGGUUUUGAGUCAAAAAAGGCUAACUCGGCCACAGAGGAGACUGAAAGCCCUCCUGAGGCACCGCUGCAGACACCUAGAAAUCGAAUCAGUUCAGGUCCUGGGAACCUGGAAAUGUGGACUUCACCUCAUGCGGACACCAGUUCCGAAAUAAAUGCCACCCACAGCCCAGAUAAAGAUUUACUCAAGGCAGAACCCCCGGACGACAAGGACGUCUCCAUGGAGGACGACGCUGGGGAAAGCAGCCAGUCCAGCUACGACAACCCCAGCAUGAUGCAGCUGUACAACGAAACAAACCGGCAGCUCACGCUUCUGCACAGCAGCACCAACUCCCGGUCGGCGGCCCCCGACAGUCUCGACUUAUGGAACAGAGUGAUUCUGGAGGACACCCAGUCCACGGCGACCAUCUCGGACAAUGAUUUGGACUGGGAUGACUGCAGCGCGGGGGUGGCCAUCCCUGGUGAAGGUCAAGCACAAGGAUACGUGGCUGAAGGUACCGAGCCGGAAACCCGAUUUUCAGUGAGACAGCUGGAGCCGUGGGGCAUGGAGUAUCAGGAAGCAAAUCAGGCGGACUGGGGACUCCCUGCUUCUUAUGCACACAGCAAGGACACCGCUCCCAAUGAAUGUCACCUACUGAAUGAAAAAAGCGGACAGCUCAUUGCGAAUACUAUUUGGGAUUCCGUCAUGAGAGAUAACGACAUGUCAUCAUUAAUGUUACCAGGCCCAUCGUAUGUUUCAGAUUCAGAGCAAAGCAGAGUGCCUCCGGAAACUCCCAGCUCACCAGAAAAAAUUAAGGACAGCCCCAUCCCAGAUGUGCUAGAAGCCCCUGGAGCCAGUGAGUUGGGAGCACAGGACCCAGAACAGGAAGACACGUGCAGGGGAAGCCUGCUGGGUGAGACAGCGUCCCUGGCAACCAGACUGGAGAACCCAGGGCCUUUUGUGUACAUAGAUCCAUGGGAAGGUCCUGGUUAUGGGCAACGUGGAAAUGAGAAGGAAACUCACAGAGCCGUUGAUAGGGAGCACCUUAGCGAGGCGGAAGUGAUGGAUGGAGCCUCGGGGACAUCUGGAAAAGGGCACGGUGACCAGGAAUGCUCUCCCCUAGUUGCAUCUGAACAUGACGAAGUCUGCGAUGAGUCAGGCAAAAUCAGCUCUCUUGCAGUCACUUCUAGUCCUCAGACUGAGGAACUCCAGGAGCCUUCAGAGCAUGAGAAGGGAUCUUACAAUUUAGAAGCCUGUGAUGUGCAGACAGAGGUGUCCACAAAGCACCUGCCGGCCAGAGAGACCUGUGAAAAGCACCUUGUGAAUCACAGGAAUUCAAGGGAAACUACUGACAUUUCAGAUAGGCCUGGUAUCACAAAAAGUGUAUCUUUUCCUGAAAUGGAUCUUGAGAGAACGGAAGAAUGUGACACUCUGGAGCCAGAGAGAGUGAACCAAGAACCACCUCCGGAAUGUCCCCAAAGCCUUGACGUUUGGGGUGGCCCUAACGACAGUGAUGUGCAGGUCAGUCACACAGGUUCUGAGAUAACUGAGAAUCUGGAAGGUGAGAGUGCUGGAAACAGCCCCCCGGGAGCCAGAUCAUCAGGAAAGUAUGACAGAGGUAGUAUUUCUAGUGAGUAUACACAUUCCAGUGCAUCAACCCCUGACCUGAAUGAUUCUUCGGCUGCUCUGCCUUCUUGGGAUCAGGGCCCCAGCACUGAGCGUCAGGAGAAUCAAGACGAUUGGAGUAAACAGAAUCACCAAGAAUCUGGACUCAUUACUACUGAUGGCCAACUAGAAGUAAUUGCUGAAAUAAAGGACCCAGAGAAAAACAGAGUGGAUGAAUCUGAAAGGAGCUUAGACCACAAGGUCCCUAAAUAUUUAGAGAUAUGGAAUGAUUCCGUAGAUGGUGAUUCAUUUUCCUCUGUAUCCAGCCCUGAAACAGGUAAAUAUUCUGAGUAUCCAGGCGCAUAUCAGGAAGAAAAUCUAGUGGCUAGCCAUCAGGAGAAAAAGGAAUGUGAUGUUCCUGACACUGUGCAGCCGGAGGAGGCCAAGUUCAUGUCAACAAGCUCAGGUUCUGAUGAUGAUAGUGCAGGUGAUGAGGAGUCAGUGGGGAAAGACAGCCAUUUGGCCACUUGCCACCUUGUUCUGGAUGAACCCAGAGCUUGGGACUCAUUAAAUGAAUCUAAUACAUCCUUGGCCAUGGCAGAUCCCAAGUCUGAGGAAUUAUCUGCCUACGUAGGCAGUUCAGGACGAGCAGAGAAUGAGAAUACAUCAGACCCAUUCAGUGACAAUCAUUCAAGCAACCCUGAUCACUACAGUUUCUCACCAUUGAAGGAGACCGAAAUACAGAUGGCAGCUGCUGAUAAGGAGGCAAGAUCUCCAGAAACAGGGAGGACAGAAAAUAUCAUGUGGCAAAUAUCUCCCAAAACGGAACCAAAGAAUGAAAGUUAUUCUAAACUGGAAAUGCUUGACGUCUCUGCUGAGGGCCCAGAGUGGUGGAACACACCCCAACAGGAAGGGCAAACAGCUGGGAACACAUUUGAAGGGGAAUUGUCUAGCUCAGGCGGUAUGUUAGAGAGGAAUUCUUCAGAGUAUCAAGGUGUGGGUCCUUGGGGAGUACCCAUUCAGGGUGAUAUGGAAUGCAUGGAAACACAUGGUACUAAUCCUUUUGGUGAUAAACAUCAGUCCCCCUUUCUGAAUAGUAAUGGGGAGAACUCCCAUGAGCAACUCUGGAACAUUCAACCAAGGCAGCCUGACCCAGAAGCUGAUCAGCUUAGCCAGCUUGUAAUAUUGGACCAAAGAAAAGAAAAGGAUCCCCGAGAGCAAACCUUCAUGUCUUCUGCUGAUGACAAACUGACUUCUGAGACACCUACUGAAGAACAGUGUCACAAUACAGUGCUGUCCGUCUGGGACCAGCCAGACCCAGCAUUUACUCAUGUAGAUGAAAAUGGAUGUGUUAUGGCUAAUGCCUCGACUAUUGAGCGUCAAGAAACAAAUUGGUGGGAGGGAGAAAAGUCAUACUCCAGUGAAAUGACAAAUUCAGGCAUUGCUCCAGAAGAUUUCCCUGCUGUCAGUCCUGCCCAGUUGAUACAGAAGGCUGGUGCUGAAUGGGACGGCUCUACCCCUAGCGAGGGCCCCCAAAGCAUGUUUGUUCCAGAUAUCUUACAUGGCAACUUCCAAGAGGGUGGGCCGUUGGCCUCAGCUUCACCUGACUUGUGGGUGGCUGCUAAGCAGCCCUUCAGUUUGAAAGCAGAUGGUGAGAAUCCUGAUAUACUGACUCACUAUUGUGACCAGGACAGCAAUGCUCAGGCUGCCAGCAGCCCGGAUAUAUGCCAUGACCAUGAAGCCAAGCAAGAGACUGGGCAGCACAUCAGUGCUAGGAUAGGACCUGAAGGGGAAGCCAGUGAGUUAUAUCUCACCGAGCCAAAGCUGGAGGAGGAACCUCGUCACGAGCCUGGACAGGAGCUUGUUCUGUACAAUUCAGCACUAUAUUCUGUAAACAAAAUUCCACUGCCUCCAGUCAACAAUCAAGCAAACACAAAGGACUCAUCUCAGCCUGCUGCCUCUCACAGUGGUUCUCCCGAGCCUUCGGAAAUAAAUGAUGUAAACAACACAGUUUUAAAAGCAUCAGAAAACGAAGCCGACCCAGAUAUGGCAUCGAUUUUGGAACCCAUGGACAGAACAAUCCCAGUGAUUAAAAAGGUGGGAACCAGUAUUCCUGUAACUCACCAAGAGCCAACUAUGGAUGGUGAUAACUCUUGGAUCUCAAAGGACUUUUCUUUUGAAAGCCAGACAGAUUCAGCAGCCUUGUUGGACCUUGAACAACCUUUCAUUACUGAGAACCCUGCCUCCGUGCCUAAUGCUCUGCUAGCCUCGGACACUUGUCUGGAUGUAAGCGAAGCUGCCUUUGAACAUAGUUUCAGUGAUGCUUCAGGUCUCAACACAUCCACGGGAACAAUCGAUGACAUGAGUAAACUGACAUUAUCAGAAGGCAAUCCCGAUACGCCAGUGGAUGGUGAUACUGGGAAGCAAGAUAUCUGUUCAUCAGAAGCCUCGUGGGGUGAUUUUGAAUAUGAUGUCAUGGGCCAAAAUAUUGAUGAAGAUUUCAUUAAAGAGCCUGAACACUUUCUCUACGGUGGUGACCAUCCCUUGGAAGAAGAUGCUGUGAAGCAGUCACUGGCACCGUACACACCUCCCUUUGAUUUGUCCUACCUCACGGGAUCUACUGUUGGUGUUGAAAUGACAGAGGAAGUUGGGUCUCUGGAGGACAAGUCUCUGGGGAGCAAAGCAGGAGAGAUAUUGCUUUCUGCUCUUCCUGAUCGAAGAAGCAAGGAAAACCACACUGAGACCAAAAUCAGACAGCCUGAACACCAGCUGGUUGAACUGCAUAUUCAUGAAGACCCUGAGUCAGUUUCUUCGCCUGUAGGAGGCCACUCCAACAUGGAGUUGUCUCCGUCAAACAUUGACUGGGAAGUAGAAACAGAUCAUUCAGACUCACCAGCAGGUGGAGACAUAGGACCAUCAAAUGGUGCCAGCGAGGAAGUAGUAGGGUCUGAAGAAGAAGCAGUAAUUCCUACCGAAGAGCCUGAGCAGAGAAAACCGGAAUGCGAAGAAGAAAGGAACAGAGAGAAGAAUGAAGACCACCAAGCACAACACAUGGACUACAUACUUGUAAACCAUGAAGGACAUUCACCCCCCGAGCCGGAGGCCUGUGAAGCCAGAGAAAGCACACCCGAGGCAGAAGAGUUUCAUACAGGUCCCAAACCAAUGGGGCUGCCAGGAACUCAGUUAGCCAGCUUCCCAGACACUUGUCAGCCUCACUCCUUAAAUGAACAACAAGAUCAUUCUGCAGAGAGAAUGUCUUCCAAGGAUGAUCAGAGAUCAUCUCUUGAAAGCCCUGGACAAGAACAGAGUUGGAUGGUCUUGGGUCAUAGUGAAGGUGGCAAUCCAUCCUCAGAAGCUGGGGACAAAGGGCCCGAAUGGUCUGACAGGGUCGUGGAGCCAGCCUCUGAUCACGACUUGGACAUGGGUCCCCAAAUGCAGUUUCUGGGAGAAACAAAGCCUCUAGAAUCUGUAGCAGCAGAAGAAGCCUCUGGCCUGGGCAGCCAAUCUCAGAAGAGCAAGAGCCGCAGCAGUACUGGCCCGGACACUGUUAUGUUGCAGACGGUCACCCAUGACAAUGAGUGGGAAAUGCUUUCACCACAGCCUUCUCAGAAAAACAUACUCCCUGAAACGGAAAUGGAGGAGGAGACAGAGUUUCUCGAGCCCAGAACGAGGAAGCCAAGACCGAACAGCCUCCUGUCAGAGGAUGUAGGAAUGGACAUCGCCUUUGAGGAGGGAAUGCAGAGUCCCAGUGCUGCAGACAUGAGACCUGAUCCUCCUAAUUCUCUGGAUCUUAAUGGUACUCAUCCUCAGAGAAUCAAGCUCACAGCCCCAAAUAUUAAUCUUUCUCUGGACCAAAGUGAAGGGUCUAUUCUCUCGGAUGAUAACCUGGAGAGUCCAGAUGAAAUUGAUAUCAAUGUGGAUGAACUCGAUACCCCUGACGAAGCUGAUUUUUUUGAAUACACUGGGCAUGGGGAUCUCACAGCCAACAAAGACUCUGGCCAAGAGUCUGAAUCUAUUCCAGAAUACACGGCCGAAGAGGAGCGGGAGGACAACCGGUUGUGGAGGACAGUGGUGAUUGGAGAGCAAGAGCAGCGGAUUGACAUGAAGGUCAUCGAGCCCUACAAGAGAGUCAUUUCUCACGGAGGAUACUAUGGGGACGGCCUAAAUGCCAUCAUUGUGUUUGCCGCCUGUUUCCUGCCAGACAGCAGUCGGGCGGAUUACCACUAUAUCAUGGAAAAUCUCUUCCUAUAUGUAAUAAGUACUUUAGAGCUGAUGGUAGCUGAAGAUUAUAUGAUCGUGUACUUGAAUGGUGCAACCCCAAGACGGAAGAUGCCAGGGCUGGGCUGGAUGAGGAAGUGCUACCAGAUGAUUGACAGACGGUUGCGGAAGAAUUUGAAAUCAUUCAUCAUUGUUCACCCAUCUUGGUUCAUCAGGACAAUCCUUGCAGUGACACGGCCUUUUAUAAGUUCAAAAUUCAGCAGUAAAAUUAAAUACGUCAACAGCUUAUCAGAGCUCAGUGGGCUGAUCCCAAUGGAUUGCGUCCAGAUUCCAGAGAGCAUCAUCAAACUGGAUGAAGAAUUGAGGGAAGCAUCAGAAGCAGCUAAAACUAGCUGCCUUUACAAUGAUCCAGAACUGUCUUCUAUGGAGAAGGAUAUUGACCUGAAGCUGAAAGAAAAGCCCUAAUUGGCCACGGCUGGAAGAAGAGGAUGCUUUUCUGCUUUGUGGUUUUGUUGAGACACAUCUACCUGGAAGAGGCAGGGUUGAUGGUACUUUUUUCCACUGCACUUCCUGGUGCCAUCCUAAAUUUCUAAGGGGAAAAACAGUAAGGGGAUUUGUUUACUCCUUAACAUGUUUUAUGAACUUGUAUGUAUUUUCCUAUUUUGCCAAUUAUGUGCCUCAAAGAUUUUAGUUGAACCUUAGCAAGAACGUAGGACCUCCCAUUUCCAUAUUUCGUUCACCUUUGGUGCAGUGGUAUCUCAUCUCUUAGACUGGUAUUGACCAGUAAGAUAACUUCAAUUCACUAUGAAUUAUGAGUGGAGUUCCUUCCAUAGAUUAGCUGGGUUUCUCCGUGCUGAUCGUUUUGGGUUUAAAAUGCACAGGGCUCAACUCUCCCUGGAAAAGUUGCCCCCACGUCACUCCACUUUUAAAAUCCUGAGCUUGCUUCACACAGACACUAGUGAAACCACUGUCAGCUAAGUGUCUGCUUGGAAUCGUCUCUAACAUCUCAAAGGGAAGCCAGUUUUUCCAGUUCGCAUCCAUCUUGUUUUAGUAAUCGAGCAUCAUACUUCCUGUGAAUUUGUUUUUUAAAAAAUCAUUUCUCCAGGGAAUGUUGAAGACCUCUGCAUUGAGAAAUGUGAAGAUCAUUGCCCACAUUUUUGGUAGCUGUCUGUGCUUCAGGUCAUAACUGAAUUCAAGAUGUUGUACUCUAAGUGCCAAGUACUCAAGGGUAAGCUGGCCCGCUUAGAAAUUCAUUAGCUGGUGACAUUCAGUUAUCUGAAUUUCUCUCUCACAUACCUUAUAAAAAGUAAUCUGCUUUAAAACACUUGAAUCUGGUCACAGGUUUAAAAUUAAAUCUGAGUAUGUACUGUCGUUUGCCAAAUAUCCCCUUAUGAUUUUCAUAUGCCCUUUAACAUGCCCAGGUGAUUUCGAAUCUGUGGGCCUCUAGCGGAGGGGAUGGCAAAGCACAGCCCACUGUAACACCACCUGUUCUCAGCUGGCUUGCUAGUUAAGACUGUUUUUCACACUUUGGAUUGAAAAAAAUUUUUAAAUAUUUUAUGACACAUGAAAA